AUGACGAGCUGAGAUUCAUUUAUCCCGCCGCCAAUUUGGUCGUCACGCCGUGGCAUCCUGUCCCCAAAAUUGUGGUCCUUCCCGCCGCCCCGCCAGACGUUCAAAUCCCGCUAAAACCAAACGGAAAUAAAAACACGAGGCACAAAAAUGAAAUCAAAUCAAAUAAAACCAAAUUAUAUGGGAAACGCGAGGCCCUUAAUAUGAAUUCCUGGCUCAUGCCUCCACUUUGUGUCCUUUUUCCUUUUGAGCAGGUUAAGCGGGCUGCAAAUCCGCAUCGCGUAAUGAAAAUCAAAGUACAUAAAUAUAAAAUUAAAUGUCGUAAAUAAAGAAAAAAUAAUAACACCAGACCAUAUAAAAUAUAAAUGUGUAUGUUCGUGGCAACGCCACCCACGAGACGCCACCAACAAAGACACAAAAAACAACAAAAUUUAAGAAACGUGCCACAUUAAAUAUUAAAGGAACUCAGUGGGCGGAGAAAAGUAAAAAAACAAAUUUGGGACUCCAAGUACUGACAGAUUUUGAAAAACCGCCAAGUGAUGCAUCCGGGCUAAUACCUUUGAACAUAUCACGUUAUUUCAAACCAUCAACAAGGUCCAACCAUCAAUGUCAGCCGAGUGAAGCAUAAGGAAGCUACUCCCCCAGCUUCAAGAUGUACGGAUUGCUGUUGGAGAACCUCUCCGAGUACAUCAAGUCCGUGUAUGGCGAGGAGAAAUGGGAGGACAUCCGACGGCAGGCUGGCAUCGAUUCGCCCUCCUUCAGUGUGCACCAGGUUUAUCCGGAGAACUUGCUCCAGAAGUUGGCCAAAAAGGCGCAACAGGUCUUGGGCGUCUCGGAAAGAGAUUUCAUGGACCAGAUGGGCGUCUAUUUUGUAGGCUUUGUCGGUCAGUAUGGAUAUGAUCGCGUUCUGUCCGUCUUGGGUCGUCACAUGCGCGACUUCCUUAACGGCCUGGACAACCUGCAUGAGUACCUAAAGUUCUCGUACCCGCGGAUGCGGGCUCCCAGCUUCAUUUGCGAAAAUGAAACGAAACAGGGUCUGACCCUGCACUAUCGCUCCAAGCGGCGUGGGUUUGUCUACUACACGAUGGGUCAGAUCCGUGAGGUGGCACGUUACUUCUACCACAAGGAGAUGCACAUCGAGCUGGUGCGGGAGGAGAUCCUAUUCGAUACUGUCCAUGUAACCUUUCAGUUGACCUUCGAUAAUCGGGCAUUCACGUUGGCCUCUCUGGCAAUGACCCGCGAGGAAAAGCACCUGCCCAUCAGCGCUCAUGUGUUGUUCGAGAUCUUCCCCUUCUGUAUUGUAUUUGGAGCUGACAUGAUCGUGCGCAGUAUUGGUAACUCUCUCAUGGUGAUAUUGCCGGAACUUCUGGGAAAGAAAAUAACAGCCUGGUUCGAUUUAGUGCGGCCUCUGAUAGCCUUUAAGUUUCAGACUAUUCUCAACCGUACCAAUAAUAUUUUUGAACUGGUCACUGUGGAUCCAGUCACUGAGAGACUGGAUGCCCAAAGCGAGGACUUACUUCUUCAUGAUGAUGGAAGCGAACCCGAGAAAUCAUUGAGAUUAAAAGGUCAAAUGGUUUAUAUGGAAAAUUGGCGCAUGAUCAUGUUUCUGGGCACGCCAGUCAUGCCGGACUUGACUUCUCUAAUAACCACUGGUCUCUACAUCAACGAUCUGUCCAUGCACGACUUUAGCCGAGAUUUAAUGUUGGCGGGAACGCAACAAUCGGUGGAAUUAAAGUUGGCCCUUGAUCAGGAGCAGCAAAAGUCUAAGAAGUUGGAGGAAUCCAUGAGAUUGUUGGAUGAAGAAAUGCGUCGAACCGAUGAGCUGCUAUAUCAGAUGAUACCCAAACAAGUGGCAGACCGACUUAGACGCGGGGAAAAUCCCAUAGACACCUGUGAGAUGUUUGACAGCGUUUCGAUCCUUUUCUCUGACAUCGUUACCUUUACGGAGAUUUGCAGUCGAAUUACUCCCAUGGAAGUAGUGUCUAUGCUGAAUGCCAUGUACUCUAUUUUCGACAAGCUAACGGAACGGAACUCUGUCUACAAGGUGGAGACAAUUGGUGACGCCUACAUGGUUGUGGCUGGGGCACCCGACAAGGAUGCCAACCACGCCGAACGAGUCUGUGAUAUGGCCCUGGAUAUGGUCGAUGCCAUCACCGAUCUGAAAGAUCCUUCCACCGGGCAGCACUUAAGGAUACGUGUGGGAGUCCAUUCUGGAGCCGUGGUUGCUGGAAUUGUGGGCUUGAAAAUGCCCCGCUACUGUCUUUUUGGUGAUACCGUGAACACAGCUUCGCGGAUGGAGUCCACUAGCAUUGCCAUGAAGGUGCACAUCUCCGAAUCCACAAAGAUUCUCAUUGGACCAAGCUACAAGAUCCUCGAACGUGGGGAGAUCGAUGUAAAGGGAAAAGGGACUAUGGCCACUUAUUGGUUGGAGGAGCGCGAAAACAGGCUGCCGCUGCAACUGACCGCCGCUCUUCAAAUACAUCCAUUGUCUCCGGCUCCGCCUGCCUCCGCAGCCAAGGCUAUAAUGCCGCCGCCGGUUACCAAGCCAGUCUCUCCACUGAUUCCAGUGCCAGUAAGUGUGGCAGUGGCAAUUGCAGGUGCCGCUCCCAUUCCUGUCACUGUUGCGGCUCCAACACCAGCUCCUGUUCCAGCUCCCGUCCCUGUGGUUCCACCAGUGGAUAUAGUGACUCCAUCUGCCAGCAUGUCGGGAGUGGUGCUCACUGCCACCAAUACUCUGGCUGCAGCUACUCACAUGGCGCACCAUCAGGUUACAGGGUCAGGAACGGCAGCGGGGGCAGUUUCGUCGGGAGUAGCUGGUGCACCUUCCGCCGCUGGAGCUACAGAUGACCGCGGAAGUCGUAUCUACUCACCAGUAACCUUCAAGGACGUGGCUCGCCGCAGCAUUGCCAAUUCCCCCGUGAAGAGCAAUGCUGGCUUCGCGGAUCAAGAGAAACGUCGUGAAUCGCGAUCCAAUUCUACGGGUCAUGUUUUUAUGCGUUCGCCAUCGGAUAUUUUUGGUUCCCUCAUACUGGACACUGAGGAAUUUCUCGAAGAUCUGCAGAUCUCACGCAGCUCGCUGGCCAACAAUAACAACAACCAUACACCCGUCUGUGGUUUCAGCCCAACGCCCCCAUUCCGGAUUGGGAGUGCUCCCCCUAAGCCGAGGCCAAGUAAUCCGGAUAAGUUUACACCGGAGGAACUGGCCGCCAUGGACCAGAUGACACCGCCAUCCACCGCUCCAGCCCGAGAGACAGCGACCUGCAGCAGUGCAUCCUUGGAUCGCGAGAAGACGGCCAAGCUCAAAAAAAUUUCCUUUUCCAACAGCAGCAGCAUGGAUGCAACCACAGCUCCCAUUACCAGUGCGGUUCGGGUGUGUCCCAUGCGCUCCAAGUCGCCGCCCCAGUCCACACAGUCGAUGCAAGUGGUCCAGGCUAGUACCAGUAACAGUGGUAAUAAUCGGCCAGGCUCCAAGGAUUCGGUAACAUCCAUUUCACUACACUCACCGCCACCUCACAGAUCUCAUUCGGCACCUGCCAGGCCACAUUCCAUGUCGAAGGCAGCACGAAAAGCCUUCCUGGCGGCCAAGCAAACGAAGGCCAUGGAAAAGCUGGACAAGAUGAUCGAGGAGGUGCACGAGGUGGAGUCUCAGUCUGCAGUCAAAGCGGCCAAUAUGCGUCUGGCCAUUUUUGGCCACGAUGGUGGAGGUGGAGACUUGGCAGCCGGUGGGUGCCCGCUCUUCUUGCCACCACCUCCUCAACAGCUGAUGCCCAGCUCCAUCUCAGAUUCUGGCCUAUGCAGUCAUGGCCAUAGCCACGCCCCCAGGUGCCAUCACGAACCCAAGCUGACCAAUAGCCAGAGUUUCCAGCACUCCCCACGUGGGGGAAUCACUCAUCAGUGCUGCGGUGGCUUUAGCCAUGGAAAUGGGCGUCACUCGCACCGGAUGCACUCAAAUGCCUGUAGGAUUCUUUAAAGGAUUCCUUGCAAUCCCUUAAUCCAAACC